ACGCGGCACCUCCCUGCCGAAAACUCCCGCCCUCUACCAGUUCUGCGGCCAUGGUUGCGCUCAAGGGCGUCCCGAAGGUGCUGUCCCCUGAGCUGCUGUUCGCGCUUGCGCGGAUGGGGCACGGAGACGAGAUUGUUCUUGCAGAUGCGAACUUCCCUACCUCCUCCAUCUGCCAGUGCGGGCCUGUAGAGAUCCGAGCCGAUGGCCUAGACAUCCCCCAGCUCCUGGAGGCUGUGCUGAAGUUGCUGCCCCUGGACACCUAUGUGGAAAGCCCGGCUGCUGUCAUGGACCUGGUGCCCAGUGACAAGGAGAGGGGCCUGCAGACCCCAGUGUGGAACUACUAUGAAACCCUUCUGCUCCAAGCUGGCUGCGAGAGAGCCCUGAUGAAGAUAGAGAGAUUUGAAUUUUAUGAACGUGCAAAAAAGGCAUUUGCUGUUGUUGCAACCGGGGAGACGGCGCUCUAUGGGAACAUCAUCCUCAAGAAGGGGACUCUUGAUCUCGGACCCUCAUAGAGACCACUCCAGGCCCGAGAAUCGGCUAUGCCUGAACCCAGUCAGUAGGCCCUUGGCAGCACCCAGACCUGGACACCAGCCUGGGGUUCAAGAAGUUGGCAGAUCUUGAGAGACUCUGCUGACCCUGACAGGGAUUCCUCCUUCUCUGAUAUAAAAAUUGGGGUGGGGGUCCGGGAUGGUAGUAACUGUCAAUCUUUAAAGGUUUUAUACUUGUAAGCUUGUCUUGUGGUGAUUUCCGGGAAGGCCAUCAGCUCCCAGAUAAGCAGCCCCUACCCAUUCUUGAUACAUCCUCAGGUGGAAAAGCCACAUGGGAAAACGAAGCAUUGGGGCUGCUUUGAGAGCUGGGAGCUGUGCAGA